AUGGUCUCGAGGGCGACGACGCCGGAAGACCGUGCGGCCGAUAGAGAUUAUGCAGCGGAAUUGGAGGCGCUCAUCGGCGAGGUCGCAGCGGAUCCAGAGCGCGAAGUUGUCGCUUCUGAAAUCAGCGUUCUACAAUCCAUCUAUGAACCCGGGUCUAUCAGGAUAUGGCAUCCACCAAAAUCAAGUACAUCUCGCGGCAGUUCCAGUUCUCCGGAGAGCGGCACAAUCCGAUACGAGAUCCACCUGAAUCUUCCAGAUCCGUGUGAUUCUGUGCCGAUGCGCAUCCUCGUCUCUCUCCCUCCGACCUAUCCGGCAUCCUCGCCGCCGCAAUUGCAACUCCUCUCCCGCUACAUCGGCGCGUUCAGCGUCGACUCGGCUCUCUUCGGCUCCAUCAUCCGUACGUACAUAUCCACCAAAGAUGGCGUGGAAUGGACACCAGGUGCAGAGUGCGUCUUUGACGGGAUUCAAAACGUGCUGGAACGAUGUGUACGGUGGUAUGAAGAUCGGUUGAGCGUGGAAAAAGCGGGGGAGCUAUUGAGGGAGGAGGAGAAGGAGAUGCGGCAUCGCACCCCUCAAGAGGAAGAGGGCAGCAAAACCGUGGAGGACUCCACGCCUCGCAGGCUGCAAGAAGUUGGCCCUGCCGAUGAACUGCCAGCGGGAAUAGGGCUUGUAGAGGCUGAUAGCAUCGUGGAUCGCAAGAGCGUAUUCGUCGGCCGUGCAUGUCGAAUAACGCAUCCGUCACAGGUACCAGCCAUAUUAUCAUAUCUUAUGAGCGACCGGCGGAUUGCCCGAGCAGCUCACCCGAUUAUCAACGCGUGGCGCUGUCAGGUCGGUGCCGUACUGCAUCAAGAUAAUGAUGAUGACGGCGAAACCGCCGCUGGCGGCAGACUCGCGCAUUUGCUGCAAAUAUUGGAGGUCAAUAAUGUUCUCGUCGUCGUGACCCGAUAUUUUGGUGGCAUCCAUUUAGGUCCCGAUCGCUUCAAGCAUAUAAAUCAGGCGGCUAGGAAUGCUCUCGAGCUAGGUGGUUUCCUGGAUGACGAUAAGGAAGGGAGCCGGGCCAAAGCCAGAGGCAAGAAGAAAUGA